AUGUCGUUGUCCGUGCCCAAAGACGACCGCGACGACCACUCGGUGUCCUCCGACAGCCCCCUACAGCCCAGCGGGUUCGUCGUGACACCCGCGGAAUUGACCGCGCUCCACGACCCAAAGUCGCUUCGAAAGCUCCACGAGCUCGGCGGCUUGGAGCAUCUCGCGAAAACGCUCCAAAGUGACCCGGCGCUCGGGUUGGAUGCACAUGCCGAUACCGAGGACCGUGUGCAGCGGUACGGGCGCAACCAGCUUCCGGUCAAGACCGCCAAGUCGUUUUUCGUGCUCUGCUACGAGGCAAUGAAGGACAAGGUGUUGAUCUUGUUGACCGUGGCCGCGGUCAUCUCGUUGGCGUUGGGGCUCUACGAGACGUUUGGCCAGGAAACCGAGUACGACGACGAGAACAACGCCGUGCCGAAGGUGGACUGGGUCGAGGGCGUGGCCAUCAUCACCGCCGUGGUGAUCGUGGUGGUGGUGGGCGCCGCAAACGACUUCCAGAAAGAGCGCCAGUUCGCCAAGCUCAACUCGAAGAAAGAGGACCGCCAGGUCAUCGUGUUCCGCAACGGCAACAAGCAAAUGGUCUCCAUCCACGACUUGCUUGUAGGCGACGUGAUCUCGCUCGAAACGGGCGACGUGGUGCCCGCGGACUCCGUCAUGAUCUCGGGCGACAUCGAGUGCGACGAGUCCGCGUUGACGGGAGAGCUGGACACCAUCCACAAGAAGCCUGCCGCCGAAGCGCUCGGCAGCUUCGAGAAGCACAUCGCGCUGGGCGAGGACAUCGGCUCCGCCACCAUCAAGUUCCAGGACCCCUUCCUCAUCUCCGGCGCCCGGGUGCUCUCUGGUUUCGGCACUGCGCUCGUCACUGCCGUGGGCUCCAAUUCCAUCCACGGCAGGACCAUGGCCUCGUUGAGUCUGGAGGCGGAGGUCACGCCUUUGCAGGCCCGUUUGGACGACUUGGCCGAGGGCAUCUCCAAGUACGGCUUCUUGGCGGCUCUCGUGCUCUUCGUCGUGUUAUUUAUUCGCUUCUGCGUCAACAUUGCUCCCGGCGGCUCCCUUGCCAACAGCACGGGGCCCGAGAAGGGCAAAAGCUUUGUCGAGAUCCUCAUCGUGGCCGUCACCAUCGUUGUGGUGGCGGUGCCAGAGGGCCUCCCCUUGGCCGUGACGCUCGCAUUGGCCUUCGCCACCACACGCAUGGCCCAGAACGGAAACUUGGUGCGUGUCUUGCGCUCGUGUGAAAUCAUGGGCGGUGCCACGGCAAUUUGCUCUGACAAGACGGGGACGCUCACGGAGAACCGCAUGCGCAUAGUGCGUGGCUACAUCAAUAAGAAACUUGCUUUUGACGACUCCUACCAUGCGGGCAUGACCGACAGCGUGGCCAAGUCCGCCGAUAUGGUCCCCCAAAUACCGGCGAAGCUCAAGGUCUUCAUCUCCUCCAACAUCACACUAAACUCCACUGCCUUUGAAAACUCCGACUACGAUGAGGAAGCUGCUUCCAGGGCUCUUGAGAGACCAAAACAAAGGUCUUUUUUCUACCACUUGUUCCACAGCAAGAGCCAAACCCAGCAGAGUUUGGGCGCCAAUAAUGAACCUUACUUGGGCAACAAGACCGAGUCUGCUCUCUUGAUUUUCGCAAAGAAUAAAUUUAACCAGUUCACUGACAACUCUUUGACGCAGCAGAGGAACGACUCCUCUUCAGAAAUUGUCCAGGUCAUACCGUUCGAGAGCUCCAGAAAAUGGGCUGGUGUGGUUAUGAAGAUCGACAAUGGAUACCGCUUCUACAUCAAGGGCGCUGCGGAGAUCCUCUUCAGGCAUUGCAGUUUCCAAGUAGAUGACCACGACAAUGCAUUUACUAUGGAACGCUCGGAUCGAGAAGCUGUGCUAGAGAAAAUUGAUGAAUACGCCAACGAUGCGUUGAGGGCCAUCAUGCUUGCCCACAAGGAUUUCGUGGGCAUUUCUUCCUGGCCUCCAGCCGAAAUCGCCGACCCAAAGAACCCAUCCCAGGCUCUUCCCAAACUGCUUGUUGACAUCGCUACGUCCAGGCAUGACUCCGUUGCCAAUCUAGUCAUGGACUUUCUUGUCGGUCUUCAGGACCCCUUGAAAGAAGGUGUCGCCGAGGCUGUCUCGAGGUGUAAAAUGGCUGGCGUGACGGUGAGAAUGGUAACAGGUGAUAACUUGACCACUGCCAAGGCAAUCUCUCGAGGAUGUAACAUUCUCACGCCGGAAGACUCCUCCAACGAGAACGCGUUCAUGGAAGGUCCUGCCUUUAGGGCUUUGUCCCAAGAAGAACGUACGCGUAUCGCUCCUCUGUUGAGAGUUUUGGCCAGAUCUUCUCCAGAAGACAAAAGAAUUUUAGUGGACACCUUGAGAAAAGCAGGUGAAGUCGUUGCUGUUACCGGUGACGGUACAAAUGACGCGCCAGCUUUGAAAUUAGCAGACGUUGGCUUCUCCAUGGGUAUCAGCGGGACUGAAGUCGCCAGAGAAGCUUCUGAUAUCAUUUUGAUGACAGAUGACUUCACUGACAUUGUUCAAGCCAUCAAGUGGGGAAGAACUGUUGCCGAGUCAAUCAAGAAGUUUAUUCAGUUUCAGUUGACCGUCAACAUCACUGCUUGUGUACUUACAUUCGUUUCAGCUGUUGCUUCCCCGGACGGAAAGUCUGUCUUGACAGCAGUUCAAUUGUUAUGGGUCAACUUGAUUAUGGACACUUUGGCAGCCUUGGCCUUGGCAACAGAUAAACCAGAUGAUGCUCUUUUGAACAGAAAGCCUGCUGGUAGGACAAUGCCUUUGAUCAGUGUGUCCAUGUGGAAAAUGAUUCUCGGGCAGUCCAUCAACCAAUUAAUUGUCACGUUCGUUUUGCAUUUCGCGGGCCAGAAGAUAUUCUACGGCGACAGCCCUAUCACCACCCAUCAACAAGAACAAUUGGAUGCUAUGACUUUCAACGCGUUUGUUUGGUUGCAGUUUUGGAAAUUGUUCGUCACGAGAAAGUUGGAUGAAUGUGCUGAUGUCACAACUGUCCGCGGUCGUAUCAACCUCGAGAACUUGAAUUUCUUCUCUCACUUGUUCAGGAAUUGGUACUUUAUUGUGAUCACAGUUCUCAUCGGAGCAAUGCAGGUCUUGAUUAUGUUUGUUGGAGGUGCUGCGUUCACCAUUGUCAGGCAAACGCCGGCAAUGUGGGCUACCGCCAUCAUCUGUGGUAUGGUGUCUGUUCCCGUAGGUAUGGUGAUUAGAAUAGUGCCAAACUGGUGGGUUGUGAAGAUCUUCCCCACUCGCGCUUUCAAUGCUUUCCUUUACUACGCGGGAUUUGGAUGGAUGAGCAAGAAGGCCAGAAAAGAGAGGGCAGCGAAGGAUUUGGAGAAAAACAUCAAGAACUCCGAAGAAACUGUGGCCAGCUCAGGAUUGGAGGAGACUAUAAAAGCCACGUGA